AUGGCGCAUAUGAUGUAUUCGCAACAUCAUGCGACGAUGGCUCCUCCACAAAAACCAGAGACCUUCAUGUUGAGCAAUGAGGCUCAGCAAAGCUUACCACAAGAUGCGCAAGUAGCAUUGCAGCAAGUCGACAAUCUAAAAUACUUUUUAAUAUCCGCUCCUGUUGACUGGACACCGGACCAGUACAUCCGACGAUUUCUUCUUCCUACUGGCGAAUAUGUUUCCUGCGUGUUAUGGAACAACCUCUUUCACAUUUCUGGCACCGACAUUGUGCGGUGUCUUUCUUUCAGAUUUCAAGCGUUUGGACGACCGGUGAAGAACUCGAAGAAGUUCGAGGAGGGUAUAUUCUCAGACCUGCGAAACCUCAAGUCGGGCACCGAUGCGUCGUUGGAGGAGCCAAAGAGUGCUUUCUUGGAUUUCCUAUACAAGAACAACUGCAUCCGAACACAAAAGAAGCAGAAGGUCUUUUACUGGUACAGCGUGCCACAUGACAGACUCUUUCUCGAUGCUCUCGAAAGGGAUCUGAAGAGGGAAAAGAUGUCGCAAGAGGCCACCACUAUGGCUGUCAACGAACCUGCGCUUUCAUUCGAAUUUGACUCGUCCCAAUCACUCUUCGAGCAACUCACCAAGGCUCAGCAAGCUAACUCUUCCUCUUUCUCUGCACAACAACCAUCCUCAUUUUCUCAGUCGCAGUCGACCUCGCCGGUGAUGCGAGCGAUCGAUUCCAUGCCACCACCACAGAUGAUCCCCCAAAGCAUGCCAACAAUGCCUGAAGACAUGAACACAAUGGCGGCGUACCAACAAAUGGCCAUGGCCCCAAGCAUGGCACAGCAGACAGUGAAGAGGGAACCAGAUUUCAGUCGGGUUCAGUAUAAUCAAAAUGGCGUUCCAAUCUCGCAAACACAUCAACGCCACGCUUCCAUGCCUGCAUACGGCCUUGAGUACUCUCCCGCGCCAUCAUUUGUUUCAUCACACUACGAGGACUACAGCAAUCGUGGCAUCUCUUUUGAACCCAUCACACCGCCCCAACAGGCUCUCGGUAUGGGUGCUGAGCCAGCCUACAUUGCAAACGAAGAGACGGGACUGUACACAGCAAUCCCCGACCACAUGGGAGGAGUCAAUGGUUUGCAAGGAAUAAUGCAGCUCCCGCCUUCCAACCUGUCUGGUCCACAGUUCUCUCAUGCUACCAGAGGCUAUGGCUCGAAUAAUGUCUACUCGGUAAUUGAAGGGUCACCAACAUACAAGCAAAGAAGGAGACGUUCGUCUAUUCCCCCGGGAGUCGCCGCCAUUGUGGCAGCUGCUGGACACCAACAACACACUGCACACCGACAAUCUGAUCUGAGAAGGUCUGUUUCAACAUCAGUUGGCCCAGUUGCUGAAGGUGAUGAGUCUGGAGACAACUCGCCUCCUGGCCUGAGCUACAGCAACCAAAUCCAACAAAUGUCACAGCACCACAAGGACCUUCUUGAGAUGUCAAGACAUGGGACACCUCUUUCUACUGUCGAGGACAGCCCAGCCAUGAACCCAAUGGCUCUACAAAACAACGACUUUAGCCAAUUGUCAAAUGAAGAGCUCUCGGGUGACAGCUCUAUCCAUGACUCCCCUCAAAGAAGGCAUAUGCAAGGCCCCAAUGGAGUCGUCAGAAGAGCACGUAGUGCAACCAUGAUGGAGCUUGGCCCCUACCCCCAAAAGUCCCACUCAUGUCCUAUUCCAACCUGUGGUCGUCUCUUCAAGCGUUUAGAGCAUCUUAAAAGACACGUGAGAACACAUACACAAGAGAGACCCUAUAUCUGCCCCCACUGUAACAAGGCUUUCAGCCGUUCAGACAACCUAGCACAACAUCGCAGAACUCACGAUCGUGGCGAUGGCUCUGACGGACAAUACGGCUCUUAUAGCGGCGAGGAAGAAGACUACGAAGGCGAAGACAACCUCGGCCCCCUUGAAGAAGCAUCACCAAACUCAGAAAACGGAUACCUUCCUCCUAGCAUGUCGCAAUCUUUCCACGGCUUGCAACAAAGCAUGUCGAUGAGCAUGGCGGCACCGAGCCAGCUUAUCAAUACUCAGCAUUUGAUGCAACAGCCGAUAUAA